AUGUUCUGUAGACAUACGCCUCUUCGUUUCCAUGACUACGAGCAUUUUUUUAUUUUAAAAAAAAAAACAGAGUCUUACCGAGCAGUUCUGAGAGCAGUCGCGGAUACAUGUGUUGAAUUGGGUUUCGCAGCUCCUCGUCCACGAUCUAUUAUGUCUGACUUCGAAUUGGCAAUCAUCAACUCCGUCAAACAAGUUUACCCACAAUCCACCAUCUUACUUUGUUUUUUCCAUCUAUCACAAAGUGUAUGGAGAUAUUUGCAGAGUAUUGGGUUACAAGUCGCCUACAAUGACCCGGAAAAUAGGGAAGUCAAAAAUGGGUUUUCUCAAUUGUUGGCGCUGGCGUUUGUUCCUGCAGAAGAUGUUUCGCGAGUGUUCAAUAUGUUGAAGCCAACAUUACCACAGAGCAUGGAAGAAUUGGCAAAAUAUUUUGACAGAACUUACGUCAAUGGAUCAAGAGAGCUCGUUCGGCGCCGAUACAGGGUGCAACCUCCGAGGUACAGUCCAGUUCUGUGGAACCAUUAUCAAUCAGUUUUACAUGACGGGCCACGUACGAAUAACGCAACAGAAGGUUGGCAUAAUAGAUUCCAAAGUUUAGUAGGAAAAAACCAUCCAUCCAUUUAUUAUUUACUUCGGCAGUUCUUGAAAGAGCAGGUGGACACGGAGAAACAGAUAAUAGAAAUUCAAGCUGGACGGAAGGUGAGAAAACCAAGGGAGGCAAAGUACGAGCGACUUAACAUCAGGCUGAGAACGAUUGUCUCCCGUUAUGAAGAGCACAAAACAGAACGUACAGAGCUGGAUUACUUGAGAGCAAUAUAG